AUGCUCACUUCCGCCGCCGCAACUCCGGCGUUCUCGCGGACCGCCGCCGGUGCUUCUCCGGGCACUCCUUCCUGGACAUCCUCCUCCUCGUCCUCUCUCUACUGCCCAUCACAUGGUUUCCCCACCGCUGCUGGCCUCACCCACCGCCCGCUGCGAAUCAGAUGCGCCGCCACGAAGCAGGCGAAGACCCCAGGUGGGUACUCCGUCCCUUCUCGAUUGGGUGGUUCUUCUCCUGGUCCAUCGUCUCCCUCAACUGUCUUGAUCUGGUUCUGCGAGUGGUGUAGCUGAGGAGGACUGGAAGGUCAAGCGCGAAGUCCUGCUUGAGAAGAGGGUAUUUGAUACUCCCCCGCUCUCAUCAUCGUGAGAUCUUCUUCCUUCCACUUCUCUCCUUCCGAGGCCAACCCCGCCACUGCCGCCGUUGCAGGUGCGGAGCGUGGAUGUGAAGGAAGCCCUUCGCCUCCAGAAGGAGAACGGUUUCGUGAUCCUCGACGUGCGGCCAGAGGCGGAAUUUAAGGAGGUUAGAUAACUUCUCGGCACCAAGAUUUCCGCCAUGGAAGGGUUCAAAGAGCUCUCGAUCCCUCUCACUGCUAUGAACUAAAUCACAAGAUGCCCAGUGUGGUUUAUCUCUAAAAAAAAUUGCCAUCUUUCUGAAUUUAUUCAAGUAUUCAAGAACGACCCAUGUGGUCUCCAACGGAUGGCUGACUUUCUAUCCAUCGACUUCGAGCCCUAUUAUUCAACCUAUUAUCUGCUUGAAUUCCAAUACUAAGUCAACCGGAUAAGAAGAAUCUCUUCUACCCACGUUCCUCCCUGGUCCAAGGAAAACUAGAAGAUUUACCACCUACCCAGAUUGUAGAAUUCAUCUGACUCUCCCAAUGGGUUCACAGAUUAAUUAGAUCGGCCCUGUAGAUGUAUAGCAAGUACCCCUGAACCAAAGAUGACAGCUUUUCUCUUUCAUACUCAAAUCGGCAUCUUGGGUCUGAUAAAUCUUCCUUGCCCACGCCGAAUUGCUUCAGGGUCACCCGCCGGGAGCCAUCAAUGUGCAGAUCUACAGGCUGAUCAAGGAAUGGACCCCAUGGGACAUUGCCCGCCGGGCAGCAUUCCUGUUCUUCGGGAUAUUAGCAGGAACUGAGGAGAACCCGGAGUUCAUGCAGAGUAAUUGCCUCAAUCUCAGAUGAUUCAUGCCACAGAUCUCCAAAGAAAAGAUCAACUGAUAUUGCUAUCAUGGGCAGCUGUUGAGGCGAAGCUAGAGAAGGAUGCAAAGAUAAUCGUAGCCUGUUCAUCAGCAGGAACAAUGAAGCCGUCGCAGAAUCUCCCUGAAGGCCAGCAGUCAAGGUAAGCUCCCUCAAGCCUCAGUCAAGGUGGACCCACAAUACUGAUGAGCAUAUAUAUCUUUUGUGCAGAUCUCUGAUCGCAGCCUACCUCCUGGUCCUUAAUGGAUACACCAACGUGUUCCACUUGGAGGGUGGGCUCUACCAAUGGUUCAAGGAAGAGCUUCCUUCUGUUGCCGACGAGUGA